CGGGGCCGGGCGGGCCGGGGGGGCAGAGCGGGGCCGGAGCCUGGCCGGGAACGGGCAGGCGGGCCCGCGGCAGAGCCCGAGUUCCGCCUGCUCCUCCCCGCAGGCCCCGCUGCGGAGGGAGGGCCGCGUUUCCCCGGAGCGCUGUGAGGCCGGGAUCGCCCGCUGGCCGCGCCCGGGACCGUCCCGGGCAGCGCUCCUGUCCCUGCUGCCUCACACAGCUGCGCCCGGGCGGUCUCCUGACCGGCCUUCCGAGGGGCCGUGGGAGGCUCAGACCUGUUGUGUCGUACAGCGGGGCCUCUGUUUCAGUAAUUGCUGCUUGGUUUGACACUCGCUUGAUUGAGUGUCAUGUAAAAACAACAUUUUCAUGUGAAAACAGAAAAUGGCUUCAAGAGGAACAACAGAGACCAGUAAACUAAAACAAAACUUGGAGGAGCAGUUGGACAGAUUAAUGCAGCAACUUCAAGAUCUGGAAGAAUGCAGAGAGGAGCUGGAUGCAGAUGAGUAUGAAGAGACCAAAAAAGAAACUCUAGAGCAGCUGAGUGAGUUCAAUGACUCCCUGAAGAAGAUUAUGUCUGGAGAUAUGACUUUGGUGGAUGAGCUCGGUGGCAUGCAACUGGCAAUACAAGCAGCCAUCAGCCAAGCAUUUAAAACUCCAGAAGUGAUUAGAAUGUUUGCAAAGAAGCAGCCGAGGCAAUUGAGGACAAGGCUGGCAGAGAUGGACAGAGAUUUAAUGGUUGGGAAGUUGCCACGAGACCUGUACACCCAGCAGAAACUAGAAAUCCUGACUGCCCUCAGAAAGCUUGGUGAGAAGCUCACUGGUGAUGAUGAGAUGUUCUUGUCAACAAAUGCUGGUACAGCCCUGAGCCAGUUUGAGAGAGUCUCCACUGACCUUGGAUCAGGAGACAAAGUCUUUGCUCUUGCAAGUGUUGAAGUAGAAAAGGCAAAACAAUGAAGAGGAUUUUUGCAAAUACCGGUACUGCGGGCAGUUGUAACAUUCCAAUUAAAUUGAUCCUUGACUGAACAUCUUUCCAACGUCCUGCUGCUUCUGCUCUUGGAAGGAUCUCUGGUGGUUUAGGUGGACAAAGAUGAGACUGAGAUCAGUAUUGCAAGAUUCAGUGCGUGGGUCAGACUUCUCUUCUCAAAAGCUGUGAAGGGUCAGAAAUCAGAGCUCUGCCCAGAGACUGGCUGUGUCCUGCAGAAUGCCCUGGCCAUAAAUGUGAUUUAACAAGGAGGCUGCUGCUGAUGUGAAGCUAAUCAUGUGUUGACCCUCGCAGAUAGUUAAGUAACCUCUUGAAAUAGUUAGACUGAUUUCAGGUAUAGUAAGUUAAUUGGUGUGUUGUGCUAAAUAUAUUGCUAAAUAAUCCUGGGGUGUACCUCUACCACCAUCUCAAAUGUUUCUGCAGGGAAAAAAAAGUCCAUAAUUAUUUAUUAUACUAAUGAUUUCCUCAAAUAAAAACUGAUAACAAAAGAACAACUGCUAAAUGAAAGCAUGGGUUUGUGUUUAACAAACAAGCUUGUGAUGUGUGAGUUCCAUCCCCAGUUCAGUGUUGGACCUGGGCAGAUCACUCAUUCUGUACACAUCUUUCUUUCCUGGAGUAAAAUACAGAUUAUGAUCCUUAAA